AUGGUGUCUCCCCCCGCCCUAAACCACCCCAAGGUGGCGUACAGCAACCCUGUGGCGGCCCUGGAGUGGUGCCUGCUCAUGCAGAAAGCCGCCAUGUUCCUGCCGUGGCCCCAGCGCGUGCUGGAGGAGCGCGGCUGCCGGCGGGAGGACGACGCCGCGGGCCGCGUCGUCUUCAGGGGCCCGCGGCUGAAGAUGGGGCUGCGGGAGGGCGUCCCCAAGAGCAUCUGCCCAGAUCACCUGGGGCGGGCGGACUAUCACGGGGAGUCCAUCAACAUGGCUGCGCGCUUCAUGGACGCAGCCGCGCACGGCGGGCAGCAGCCGCGUCUGUAA